AUGUAUCAGUACACCGGGGACUGGGAUGAAGAAAGCGUGGCACACUACAUUCGUAUUGAGAAGAUCUUGCUGUUUGGUGAUUUCCUCUGUGGGAUUGAGCCACCAGUCCUUUCUUUUGACGUUGACAAGUCAAUCUACGAACCAAUUGUUGAGCGCGAGUCCUGCGAGCAGACAUCAAUUAAGAAACCCACUCCAUGCCAUGCCAAUGACUCCGAAUCUCUGACCCAUAACGAUGAGGGGUCUGAGACAGACUCACAAACUGAUGGCAAGAGUGCAGCAACUGCGUUGAGAGUUGAGGAGGAAGGAUUUGAAGACAAUGAAGGUGGUGAAGAAAUUUGUGCUCUGCGCCGUCGACGUGCUUUGCUGUGGAGCCAGUUAACAGAGGCAAGACGUCUCGAGGCAUGGCGGCAACAGGCCGUACGGCUGGCGGCUGCGGGCGGUCCGCGUGGCAUUGAAAUUGAAGUCAGGCCUAUCUACAUUCUUCCGGACACUAACUGUUACAUCGACUGGCUGGAGGGCGUCGCACGUCUCACCCAAGCCUCUUCAAAUUACACCGUCCUUGUGCCCAUUAUUGUCUUCAACGAAUUGGACUUCUUGGCAUCUCAAGAUAGAGCGUUUGCUUUCAACUCUAUCGAAGUUACUUUUGCACAGUAUCUUACUAAUCACACCUCUACCACGAGCGAUAACGGUGGUGGUGGCGGCCGUGCUAACUUAAUUCAGGAGCGUGCAAAAGCUGCUAUAGCCUUUUUGGAGCGCGAGUUUAACCACCGGAACCCAAGGCUACGCGCCCUUACGGCUAAAGGCAGUAUGCUGGAGACCAUUGCCUAUCGUAACGAGGUCAAUGGGGGUAAGCAACCUGGCCAAAUCAACGACGACGUAAUUCUCACAUGUUGUCGGCGCUUUUGUAAGGAAGUAUUAGCACAGAUGCCCAGCGAUGGCAACAUUGUAUCUACUCCUGAAUCGAAGAAUCAGCCAAUGCGCUUGACGAGGGAGGUGGUACUUCUCACAUCCGAUCGGAAUUUGCGUUUGAAAGCUCUAAGCUUGAACAUACCCGCUCGCCCGCUUCGUCCAUUUGUUGAGUGGUCCUGCCUCAGGCCUGUUUCCGUGCCCACG